GCCGGGGUACCGGCUCCCCGCGGGCAGGGGCUCAGGGGCGGCGCAGGCCGGGGUACCGGCUCCCCGCGGGCAGCGGUUCAGGACCGGCAGCUCUCCAGGCUCGCCUCCCCGCUCUGCCCUCGCUGCUGGCGGCGCCCCAGCCCCCCUCCGCCGCUGCCACAGCGGGCGGCGGGCCCGGCCCCGCGGCCGCCCGAGCGCCUCCUCCGGGCCGGCCGGGAGCCAAUGCGCGGGGCGGCGGGGCGGGCCGGGCGGCGGAUCGCGGCUCAGGGCACGGGUAGUGCCGCGGGAGCGCCGGUCAUGUCGCAGCGCAGCACUUUGCUCCACUUGUUCGCCGGAGGAUGUGGUGGCACAGCUGGAGCCAUCCUGACCUGUCCUCUGGAAGUGGUGAAGACACGUCUACAGUCAUCCCAACUGACACUGCGGCCUCUGUGCCUCUCAGAAAUACAGCUGCCAGGGGUGAGUGUGAGGCUGAUGAACGCCACCCCACCGUCUCCUGGAGUGCUCAAGUUGCUGAGGGCCAUCCUUGAGAAGGAAGGCAUUCGAUCCCUGUUCCGAGGUCUGGGUCCAAACCUGGUUGGGGUUGCUCCUUCCAGGGCUAUAUAUUUUGCUGCCUAUUCUGGUGUUAAGGAGAGGUUCAAUGCUGUCCUUGUACCAGAGUCCAAGAAAGUACAUGUGCUAUCAGCAGCCUGUGCAGGCAUUACCUCUGCCACGCUCACCAACCCUGUGUGGUUAGUGAAAACCAGGAUGCAGCUGGAAGCCAGGGCGAAGGGGGAGAUGGCCAGCAGUGCUCUCCAGUGUGCCAUGCACGUGUACCGCUCUGAAGGCCUUCGUGGAUUUUACCGUGGUAUCACUGCCUCCUAUGCUGGAGUGUCAGAGACCAUCAUACACUUUGUCAUCUAUGAAGCACUGAAACAGCAGCUGAGAAACAGCCAUCAUUCCCUUUCCCCAUCACUCACACUUUCACCAAACAGCCAUGAUUUUUUUGGACUAAUGGGAGCUGCUGCUGUCUCCAAAACAUGUGCUUCAUGCAUUGCAUAUCCACAUGAGGUCAUUCGGACACGUUUGCGAGAAGAAGGGUCACGAUACUGUUCCUUUAUACAGACUCUGCAGCUUGUGGUCCAUGAAGAGGGACCCUUGGCUUUAUACCGAGGGCUCCUGGCUCAUUUGAUCCGCCAGAUCCCAAACACAGCUAUCAUGAUGGCUACCUAUGAAUUCAUCGUCCAUUUGGCCUCUUCCACCUUGUAAGCACACUGUAGCACCUGGCUGAGGCGGGACCUCAUGGUCCUGAGACUUGGUCUUUUUCCAUGCUCUGGGAGGCGGCCCUUUUCAUCACAUGUCAGAACUGGGUCAGGCACAGCAUUCUCAGGACACAAAGACUAUUUUGUGCAAAGUUUUUAGCUCCCAUGUGCACCAUGUAGGCUUUCUGGAGACUUGAAUUAUUCCGGUGCUUCAAGGAUGUCAGGGCACUAGUUUGACAGUGCCUGCUCUAAGCUCCCUGUAAGAAACAAGGAUAUAGAACUUGCUGGGAAGGAGACAAGAAAGCAUAAGAGCGUAUCUUAGCCUCAGGAGAUUCAUUACUUUUGGACCCAGUAACGACCAUAUGUGGGCGCAGCUGGACAUGAAGACAGGCUAGAGCUGAGACAUCUGAGAGAACUGCAGCAAGCAAAGAUCUUGUGCUGAGAUGUUCCAUACCCUCAGAGUGGGGGCUUCCACUCUCACCUACCGUGCCACCUUCCUGCCCAUGAGGAGGAUUUCUCACCCUUGGCUGCCAGCAAAUGUCCUGUUGCAGAAUCUUCCUUCAGGUCCUUAGCACACUGCUAUUUUUUUUUUUUUUUAUAUAUUCUUUUUUUUCUGUAGUCAAUUCAGUUUGCUGCAUGUGUUACACUUGCCUGGGAUGCCUUUUGUUCCUCUGUGGGUUCCUAGCGCCCUGUCAUGGGGAAGGCUACAUUGUGCUUACAAAGGGUAUUUUGACUCUCCAAAAGUCAGGCGUAGGGUCAGGGGUGAUUUGUUUUUCUUGUUCCAACACACAGACUAAAUAAUGUAACCCUUCCCUGAGAUAAGGCAGUAAUUUCAGUAAAUACAUGCUCUGGACAAUCUCCAGUGUCACA